CCUACCGGCGUCGGCAGCUCAGUGCGCAGGCGUGGCGGGCGGGUUUCCCCUGGCUACAGCCGGCGCUGCCGCCCGCUGCUCGGCCGCCCUGCGCCAUGGCGGGCUGCGCGGCGCGGGCUCCGCCGGGCUCCGAGGCGCGCCUCAGCCUCGCCGCCUUCCUGCUGGGCGCCUCGGUGCUUGCGCUGCCGCUGCUCACGCGCGCCGGCCUGCAGGGCCGCACCGGGCUGGCGCUCUACGUGGCCGGGCUCAACGCGCUGCUGCUGCUGCUCUAUCGGCCGCCGCGCUACCAGAUAGCCGUCCGAGCUUGCUUCCUUGGCUUCGUGUUCGGCUGUGGGGUGCUGCUAAGUUUUAGCCAGUCUUCUUGGAAUCACUUUGGCUGGUAUAUGUGCUCGCUGUCAUUGUUCCACUAUUCUGAAUACUUGGUCACAGCCGUCAACAACCCCAAAAGUCUGUCUUUGGACUCCUUUCUCCUGAAUCACAGUCUGGAGUACACAGUAGCUGCUCUUUCUUCUUGGAUAGAGUUCACACUUGAAAAUAUCUUUUGGCCAGAACUGAAGCAGAUCACCUGGCUCAGUGCCACCGGCCUGCUGAUGGUGGUCUUUGGCGAAUGUCUGAGGAAAGCGGCCAUGUUUACAGCGGGUUCCAAUUUCAACCAUGUGGUGCAGAAUGAAAAAUCCGAAACCCAUACUCUGGUGACAAGUGGAGUGUACGCUUGGUUCCGGCAUCCUUCUUACGUUGGCUGGUUUUACUGGAGUAUUGGAACCCAGGUGAUGCUGUGCAACCCCAUCUGUGGCGUUGGCUACGCUCUGACGGUGUGGCGAUUCUUCCGCGAUCGAACGGAAGAAGAGGAAAUCUCAUUAAUUCACUUUUUUGGAGAGGAGUACCUGGAGUAUAAGAAGCGGGUACCCACCGGCCUGCCUUUCAUCAAAGGAGUCAAGGUGGAGCUAUGACAGGCCGGGGGCCAAGGGGCCUCCCGCUCUGUGCAACCCAGGACGGACCUGCCUCUGGUCGGCCACUCUGCGGAAUGCAUCUCCUUAAUCAUUUUAUAUGUCACCCGGUACUCUUCCGGAAUAUCACUCAAGACCAAACGGUCAGAAGUCCGUAGGACCAGAGGACCCCACCCCCCCACGUCCCGGAGCAAUCUGUCGUGGGCUGAAUCAAGUUAAGAUGCGGGGUAAAGACGGACAAGGAGCAAACCACAGCAAUAUUCAGCAGUGCCCUCCAGAAGUGCCCGGUGUGAGCCCAGGCCACAUGCCAUCCCUUCGAGGCCACUGUGUAUUUAGGCUGAAACCAAGACCCCUCAGGAGAGGCGGACUCGUUACCUGAGCAAGGCUGCGUCAGCAGGAGCGGGGCUGUGGGCCUCAGUGCUUUUUAGAGUUAGAAACAAUUCACAAUCUUGAACCAGAAAUCACCCACAGCACAGCUUAACCUCCUCAUUUCUGCCUUUAAAAAGUGCAUGAGCAUCUAUAGUUUUAAAGACACCUCCUUAGAAGGCACUUUGGCCCUUCCUCUAUUUAAUCGUAUUUACAUAUCUAUUUUUUAUAAAUAGCAGUAUAUAAAUUCAAAGAGGACUUGGUGGUUAUAACCCCAACUUUUCAUUGGCAGGAAGGAAGCAUCGACACACAAACAAUUUGGCCGAGUGGCUUUGUGUCACCAGGGCACUCAGGGCCAGGGAGACUGCAGGCCCCUGUGGCUUUUCUGGGGUCCUGCUCUUCUCCCAAGAGGGUCUGUCAUCAGUGACAGGCAUGUCAAGGACACGUCAUUUGUCCUUUAUCCCAGAAAUGCUUACUGAGCACCUGCUCUGUGCAAGGCACAGUUCAACGCUGAGAAAUACUGCUCUCCAUUUAUUGGGGAUUUUAUCAUUUGACCAUAGCCUAUAGAUUUAUGUAUUGAUUUAAAUCUAUUAACUAUUGAUUUCUGUGUUCUGUUCUCAAAACUUCAUCGUUCCUGAUGCCAUUUCUAACUGUCUUCCAGAGGGGUUUGAGAGCAUUCACAACUACAAAAUUCAAGCAAGUCGACUCAUGAAGGUCUUAAAUAGAGCAAAUAAUCCCAAGUGAGAUUCAGUCAUAUUUUUGUUUUUCACAUUUGGGGAGAGUGGUUGACUUUGAGUCAAACAUACACACUUUAAAGACCCGUGUUUAAUUCUGGACUGGAUGGGAACUUGGUCUCAGUGUGGAACCUUUCCAUGCAGUCUGCGGUGGCACUGAGGGUGUGAAUGUGACAGCAGCGGCAGCCCCUGGCCAGAGCACAGCUCUGCUGCCAUGCCACGCCACGCCACGCCACGCGGCUUUCUAGGAGCCACGUCACCUUUCCGUGCCUAGACCUCCCCAUCUGUAGAAUGGGGUCAAUACCACCUACCUCACAGGGGUGUUGUGAAGACUUAGAAGAACGAUGGUAAACGUUUUUAACAUGUAGAUGAUAGAUGACAUACAUGAAAUCUAUACUGUAUGAGAGUUACACAAAAGUGAACAUUUGGUUAACUGUACCAGAUACUGGAAACGUGUGUUCAAAAGAGCAUUUUAUCAACUCAAAAUAGUACUAAUUUCUAGAGUUCAUGGCCUAAUUCAUUUUUUCUUUAUUGUAUGUACCAAAGAGCUUUAUGGCUUUAUUGAUUUCUGGCAUGACGCUUGCUGGUGUGAGAACGAGAGACCCGAGUGGCAGUGCCCAGGAGGGUGGUGCAGUCAGACUGGCCGAGGCCACCGCCACAGCCCUGGGCAGCGGCUUCCUCGGGCAUGAACACGCCCAGCGGGCUGUCAGCAUGCACUUACUUGGCGAACUCCAGUCGGAUUGGUUCUAAACUUAUGCAGACCACGCUUAGCUAAGUAAACGCCACUGAGUAGGACUGCAGAAUGGAAGGGGUGGUUGGGGAUUGGCACCCACCCCCAGGUCCUUGAGGGCAACUUCUUUCCUGCUGUACGCAGCAGGCUCAGCUUUAAUGACAUUUCUGGGGGCAGUGAAGUUGUGUUUUUAAUAGGUGGCGAGCAGCUGGUGACGGCCCUGGCUUUGCAGAUGGAAGUCAAAGGUGUUGAAUUUGACCUUCCUCCACCUGCCUGCAGGGCCAAGCGCUCAGAAGGGAGGCCUUAGUGUUGGGCGGCUAGGCCACCUGGGGCUCGCCACGUGGGGCUCUAGGUAUUCUGCUCCACUUUAAAGAGCAAUUCUGUGGGCGGGGGUAGUGAGAACAUCCACCCCCUGAUUUGUAAUCCCAGGGCAGAAGUGAGCAAUUACUUAUGGAUAAAAGAUGAACUAUUUAGGGCAGGGUUUGGCGAGUGAUUGACUUUCAUCUAGUCCUGAGAUCUUCAGAUUAUUUUUAACUGUAUAAAUUUAGUAGUGACAGAGUGCACGGCAGAGAAUCAGGUUAAUGAGGUACACGCUUCCUGUUAUUCCCAAAAGCUUUUUGGGUGAAGGCCACGUCCCCAGUUCCCUCAAAUUAAGAAACUGUCAGGAGAUUUUGUUUUCCACUGCAGGUUUUAAAGUGGAAAUUCUUAAGUGGAACAUAGGCACUGCACAGAACAAAGCUGCUUUGAAGCGGUAUAAAAUGAAACAUUUUACAAGGAUUUGCAGGUUGGGCUGAGAAGGGCACUUUACAGGGCAGGGAGUGGGGUGAGCCUGGCAGAAAGCAAAAGGCAGCAUACCCCACCGUCUGGCACUGGUGUGAAUCUCUUUUUGAGCCUAAACCUAAACGUGAUGAAUCCCUUCCAUCCAUUUCACACUCUUGGUGAUGACAUGAUAGGGGAAACAUUCGUAAGCCAACACAUUGUGUUAACAGACGAGGCUGGGAGGGCCUUGGCCACAGCUCAUUUUGGUAGCAGUCCCUCUCCUAGGUACAUUAGCCCGUCCCUUCUCUGCACUUCCUUACUGCCUUAGGUAGAUGUGCUGUCCCGCCGAUUUUGCUUCUGUAGUGACCUGGUGAGGUCAGGCAGCCUUGGCAUGGCCAGCGUGGUGGGAGAGGCUUGCUCUCUGCCCCGCUAUAAAAGCUUGACGCCUGUCCUGGGCCUGGAAGACCGGCCCUCAGGAGGGGUCCCAAGCACUUGCUCUCGGGAAGCCGUCUAUAGCUAGGAGAGUACCUUAAUGGAGCAAUUAUUCUACUCUUCUUUUUACAUGCAGAAAUGUUUAUUUAAAUAUUUUAAAUUGGAUUUUCUUUCACAGAUACUGAUAUUCUUUCCAAUUCUUAAAUAAAACUACUUGAUUUCACUACGAA